AUGAUGAAACCAAUUGAAGUAGAGGUGGAAGUCGAAGAUGAAGUGAAGAUAAUAAAUAAUGUAUAUGCAACAUAUACUUUCCAUUUAAGGAUGCUUCAACAACAACAAGAGCGACAAGGGAUCCGAAACAACGACACUUUUAACAACAAUAUGAUAUUGCAAGAAAGUCAUAUUACUAAACGAUAUUCUGAAUUUUGGACAUUAAAGACCCAAUUAGAAAAAAAUUUAGGAAUGGAAUUACCAUAUGAAUUACCAGGGAAGACUGCCAGUAGGAUGAUGACGACGAUGAUGAAUAGUAGUUCUAUUUUUUCUAUAAUUAGUGGUACAAAACGUAAUGGGAUUGAUUCUGAUGUUAUUAAUGAACGGAAAGUUAAAUUACGUGAAUUUCUUUAUGAAUUACUUAAUGAUUCAUUUGAUACUAAAUGGAAGAAAUCUACACUGGUAGAAGAUUUUGUUCAUUUGAAAUUUCAACCAUCUUUAUUAUCUAAAUUUACAAAAAAGGAUGAUGUAGAAACUUUACCAUCCGAGAUUAGGAAGGAGCCAAGUGAAGCUCUAGGUAAUCACGAUGUAUGGUUACGAGAAUUUAGAGACUGUAAAAAUGUAUUAGAGGAACUUGUUAAAGUUACAAUGAGUAUGAAAGAGCUCAAUACUAAAGCCAUGGGACUACGAUUACGAUUAAAUAAUCUUGAAAAGGGAUUAGUCACUAUGGUUGAUGCUGAUUUUGAAGAAUUAAAUCGAUGUAAGAACCUAUUAUUGACAUUGAAAAACGAUUUAAAUGAAGUUAUAGUUAAAAAUGUAGGUGGAAACAAAAGUGACGGAGAUAAGAGAACCAUUUCUUCAUUUUCAAACACCUCAUAUGGAGGAGGAGAAAGAGGAAGUAUGAGGCCGAUAGUUGGUAGAAGGAAACUUGGUGGUAAUGAAAGUGUUCAAAAUUUGAUGCAAAUUCAAAAAGAUGUCACUAAGGAACAAGAUGAAGAAUUAAGGAUGUUACAUAAGUCAGUGAAGAGACAAAAGGAACUAUCAUUGGAAAUGUAUGAAGAAUUAUCUCAACAAAAUGAAAUGUUAGAUUCGUUUGAGAACGAUGUUGAAUCGACUGCGAACAAGUUACAAGCCGCAGGGAGAAAGGCACAUAAGUUCAAUCAAAGUUAA